CUAGUGUUAUGAAGUUAGGAUACAAUAGGUUAGACUGGUUAGCCUAAAAGAAACCAUUCAACAAAAAGCUUCUGUCAAAGUUCAAUUCUUUCCUCCAAAGCACAGAGCCAUGAAAUAAACACCUUAAUGGGAGUAAGCAACAGAGUGCCCGAGCUUAUCAUUUCUGGGCUUAUCAUACAGAAUAAUAGCUACUGAAUGGAAUCUUUUAAUUUAAGGGUAUUUGUGCUACAAUCCCUUCAUAGUGAAUGGAGCCAGACUUGGCCAUAGGGCUUGUAAGAACUGCAUCAGCUAUGGGACGCUUUUCUCCUGUCGAGCAUAUUGGGGAGCCUCAAGCGAUGGCUUUCAUACCUUAUGCUUAAGCUUUCCAGAACACUGACCUUGAGCCAGAAAUGCAGUUUCAGGCCAAAUGAUUCAGCCCGAAAUAUUAGGCAAGGUUAUUUGAGAAGCCUGAAAACACUGGUUUAUAAUAUGUUGUAAAUCUUUAACUACCAGGUAUAGGCAGUUUUAGUCCACUGUAAGACAUUUUUAGGGCACCUAAUCUUUUUGAAAGAUACUUUUCAGCAAAAAACAGGGAGCCAAUGGCCUCACAAAGAACAGUUUCAAAAAGAAAGUGAAAAGUUUGCAGAAGAUUGUUUUCAGCACACUCACACACACAAAAAAAAACAUUCUAAAUAUUUUUUUAAUUAAAAAAAAUAUGAAAUGCAUAUAUUUACAGUGGACUUUGCACUUUGACUCAGAUUAGAAGAGAAGGUCUGAAGAAGUUUGUCAGUUUUUCCCUCUUUUAAAAGCAGACCAAUACUUGCCAUGUUCUGCAGAAAUAUUAGCUAUUCCCAUGUUAAGUGCUGAUUGAAACGAUCAAUCCCUAACACAGGUACAGAAGGUGCCUUUACCAUGUAAAAAUACAUUUCGCCACUUGAGGGAACCAUUAGGCCUCACUGCUGGAGAAAAGGCUGCAUUUCAAACUGGUAUUAACUUCCACCUCAGAAAAGUGUUUGUAACUUCACUGAAAACACUCUGAUUUUUUUCACUGAUAUAAUAUAAUGUGUAUAUACUAGUGAAACACCGAAGCAGACAAGUGGCAUUUAGUCAAUAUGUUUUGAAUAGACAGUAUAUGGUAUUUAAGUAAAAUGAGAGAUUAAGAAGCUUGCUCCUCUUGGAAAAGAUUCAUUGAGAAUUUUACCAAAUUACCUAAAAUCAGAUUACAUUAACUUAAAAGGAUAAAAUAAAUUACUACAGAAAGUAGAAGCACUCAUGUCAUUUUCUCACAUGAGAAAUCUCCCUGUUCAACACAGCGCUGUCCUUUGCUCAUCAUAGCAACUCAUUGUCAAAGAAGUAUAUUCAGUGACAUGAUAAAACUUUCUUCCCUAGCUGUUAUUUCCUUCUUUACCUCAGAUGCAGAAAUAGGCAGUGGAGUUAUCCUUCUUUUGGAGGUUGGGGAAAGUAGAUAUUUUGUUCGAUGAUCUUGCUUUGUCCUUUGUACAUUGUAGUUUGUGGGUAAUCUUUAAUUUUCAUAGAUGAAUCAUACAAUGGCCUGGGUUAAAAAGGACCGCAAUGAUCACCUAUUUUCAAACCCCCUGCUAUGUCCAGGGUUACCAAACACCAAAGCAGGCUGCCCAGAGCCACAAGGAUGGGGCAUCCACAACCUCCUUGGGCAACCUGUUCCAGUGCAUAUUUUCUUAUGUCACUGCAUGUUCCUUCCUCUAAAUGCUGGAAAAAGCAAAGGAAGUUACUGCAGCAUAGGAAGUUCCGCACAAAUGUGUGCAAGAACUUCUUUACAGUGAGGUGAUGGAGCACUGGAACAGGCUGCCCAGGGAGGUGGUGGAGUCUCCUUCUCUGGAGAUGUUCAAGACCUCCCUUGAUGCCUACCUGUGCAACCUGCUGUAGGGAACCUGCUUUGGCAGGGGGGUUGGACUCGAUGAUCUCUGGAGGUCCCUUCCAACCCCUACAAUUCUGUGAUUGUGUGAAGUGCACUGAGCUGGGUACUUCGAACAAGCUGCAAAGUGUUCUUGCUAGAUUCACAUUUCUGAAGCAGUUCAUUGCACUGCCUGAUCCCUGCCCCUGAAAAGUUUUUCCUUCUGCAAAGUAGAUAAGUAAAAGACAAAUAUUUCAGUACUUGUUGGGAUCCCUCAAGAAAUCGGUGCCUCAACAUGACUCAGAGCUACAUGCUGCUGCUGCAUUUUAAUGAAGAUCUUGAUAAAGACAUAUUUGUGCAUUUCAGAAAACUGGGUAAAGGUUCUGAAAGACUUUUUUCACCCUUAGCAGCAUGGCACUCUACAGUGCUCAGUGCGAUCACAAUUCUUCCUCUACAGCAUCAUGCAUGAUCCACAGAAGAAUAACAUGCAUUAUGCACUGUCACAUGCCUGUGCAAAUGGUUCUCUGAAAGUGCCUAUGCUACUCUGAUUAUCAAAGCAAGCUCUGCAGUGGAAGCAAAGCAAUUGGUGUCUGUCUCCAAUUCGUUUUCCUUUUUAAGUUGUGUACUGAAUGUAGGCUUGACAGGAACAAAGAUCUUAACCACUAUUUUUGCAUUUUCUGCUACACUUCCUCUUCUUCAGCAUCAGAGGCUGUUGUUACAACAUAUGAAAGGGUUUCAUGCAGAGUGUCAGCUGGCAGCGAGGGGAAAACCUUCUCUUUACCACCCAUCAGUACAUAUUGCUGCGUCGCAUGCCAUGCUUUGACACACAUCAAAAGGCUGUUGAGUGUGGAGUUUCCGUGGUACUUUCCUACUUGUUUACACACUAUCAUUGGAAUCUAUCAACAGUCAGUAAGACUCAUUGGUUGGAAUUUUUAAGUAGCCAGGAAUAUGGUGGAAGCAGUACUGAUUGAUCUGUUCAGCCUGCCAGCCAACUUACACAGUGACAUUCAAGGAGUACUGCAUAACACCCUGGAAACUAUUGAGAAGUGCUCUUCCACUCCUGCUCCAUUUGUGUAUGUCAUGUGCUGCCAGAUGCCAGAGAGUGAAAGGAAAGGUGAACAAGAAUCCUUGUUUCCAGCUCUGAGAGAUUUCCAGAGUAUUAAGGAAGGACUUGAGGUGGUAUGUGCUCAGACUACAGCUGCUGUGUUGUACACCAUCAAACAAAUACUUGAUGAAAAGGACUUAAGCAUCAUUAAAGUUAUUCUCCCGACCCUAAGGAAGGAAUCAGUGAAAGUAUAUAUAGACCAUCUCUUUACUGCAGUCUACCAGUUUGAAUUUGAGGAUUUAAACGUGGCAUCUGAUUGUAAUAACCUGCAGACGAUUGGACCAAAGAGUGAAGAGCAAACAGUUUCUACACAGGACGUGGCACUCAUCCGAAGUGAGAUUCAGAUGCACUUGGAAAGCCUGCCAAGCCUGAAAGGGGAGCUCACCAUCCUCAAAUCUUCCCUAAUUCCAGAUGACAUCUUCCUACAUGGAUUCACCACAAGGACAGGUGGGAUCUCCUACAUACCAACUCUAAGCUCCUGCAAUCUUUUCAGCAGUUCUAAGCGAAGGGAUCCACAAGCUGUUGUUAAAGAAAACCUCCGCAGGCUUGCUAAUGCUGCGGGAUUUAAUCCAGAGAACUUUCACAGAGUCAAGACUGAUCAUGCUAACGCUGUGUAUGUAAUGGGAAAGACAGAGCCUGACAGCUAUGAUGGAAUAGUUACAAAUCAGAAAGGUGUUACAAUAGCAGCUCCAGGGGCUGAUUGCAUACCAUUGCUGUUUGCUGAUCCUGUCAGAAAAGUCUGUGGUGCUGCUCAUUCUGGAUGGAAAGGCACACUGUUAGGAAUUUCCAUGGCCACAGUAAACGCUAUGGUAUCUGAAUACAGAUGUAAUGUGAAAGAUAUCCUUGUGGUCCUGGGUCCAUCUGUAGGACCUUGCUGCUAUAAACUUCCUCGUGAAUCAGCUGAAGAGUUUCACAGAAUUGAUCCAAAGUGUGUGCGACAGUUUGACUCUGCAGCUCCAUAUAUUGAUAUUAGAAGAGCAACACGGAUUCUUCUGGAGAGUGGUGGCAUUCUUCCUGAGAACAUCCAAGAUGAUUCUGUCACAGACCAGAACCAAAACAUCACUUUCUGUACUGCAUGCCACCCUGAUAAAUUUUAUUCUCACUUUCGUGAUGGCACUAACUUUGGUACACAGAUUGGUUUCAUAUCAAUCAAAGACUGACAGAGUACUCCAUAAUAUGAAGUAUUAUUUAGACAGUAAGUCUGGUUGCCUUGUGCUCUCCUCACAGAAUUUCUUCCUUCUUUGUUUCAUGAACUUGCAAUGGGAAGUACAAAGCACUUGAGAUUCUUCUGCUUCUUCCCUUCCCUGCCAUUCUGAGGAAAGAAGAGCUGCCUUGUGUAAGGAGCCAAUAAUUCAGAAGGAAACAAGGACAAUCCACAACAGUAAUGAAGCACUUCUGUAAUGCCAGGUGCACGUUCCCAGCCAGAUGCAAGUCUCUAUUAUCUUGCCCUCUUGACCAAAUAUUUCCCAUAAACUUCAUUAUCUUAAGGUAGUAAAAACACACACAAAAAAGCCAC